CAGGCACUAAACUCUGGAGCACGCCAUCAUCAUCAUGCGCCAAUCCUUGCCGGUACUCCAGCACAUUCCAUUCCAUCUAGUAGGCCACAUUCGGCGUCACCACACGGCAGGGGCAGGCCAUGCAGCCCAAGUGCCCAACGUUGCCCCCAGUUCUGUUGGGUGACUGUACCCUCCUCGCUCCUUUUCCGACUCUUCUCUCGCAAGCAACGAGUGCUCUCACUCUGCUACCAGCAGCAGCGGCAGCAGCACACAGGCCACAGCGGCCGCGCUGCUGUGCUGGUGUGGUGCCUUGUCUCUUCUCUCGUGGUGCGGAAAGCAGGUAGAGAAGGAGAAGCGGGGGGAGAGAGAGCGUCAGGCAGGCAAUAAAUGGCAGUUUAGGUGCGCGCAGGCCGAUGGCGGCGUGGCAGGUCCUCUCUGUCGCCUCCACCGUCUUAGUAUAACUCCGUCCGCGCAUCAGUCGCAGAGCGCAUGAGCUAGCACAGACUACCAGCAGCCGUCUGUACUCUGUAGUAAGGGGAGGGAAGCGGGGAGGAGAGAUCGGGGCGGCGGGCGCGCUGCUCUCUCUGACCUUCACCUUCCCUGCCACGGCGCACGGCACGGAGGCCUAUGGAUUUGGGCGCAUGGCGGGGUUCCCUCUAGGCGGAGGAAGCCACACCCAGAGCCGCGACGCGCCCGCCUCGUCCGUCCCGCCGGUGCAUCCCUCCGACGCCGCGUCCUUCCUCUACGCGGCGCGCGCGGGAGCGGGCCUGCAGCUAUGGCAGCAGCAGCAGCAACACCCGUUCUACAACUCCAACAUCAUCCGCUUCUCCGAUGAUCCACCCGGCGCCGCGCCCUCGCUCACGGGCGCCGCGUCGCCGUCGUCGCCGUCGCGCGGCCCGAGGGCCGGCGGGGGAAGCGGCGGCGGCGGCGGGGUCAGCUGCCAGGACUGUGGCAACCAGGCCAAGAAGGACUGCGUGCACCAGCGCUGCCGCACCUGCUGCAAAAGCCGCGGCUUCGCCUGCAGCACCCACGUCAAGUCCACCUGGGUCUCUGCUGCCAAGAGACGCGAGCGCCAGCAGCAGCUCGCCGCGCUCGCGGCCUCCGCCGGCGACACAGCCGCGGCCGCCGGCCCGUCCCGCGACCCGACCAAGCGCCCGCGCGCACGCCUCUCCGUCGCCACCCCGACGACCACGUCCUCGGGGGAUCAGCAGAUGGUCACGGUCGCCGAGAGGUUCCCGAGGGAGGUGAGCUCGGAGGCGCUGUUCCGGUGCGUGCGCCUGGGGCCGGUCGACCGGGCCGAGGCGGAGGUCGCGUACCAGACCACCGUCAGCAUCGGCGGCCACGUGUUCAAGGGCAUCCUCCACGACGUCGGCCCUCGUAGCUUGCCUGCCGCUGGAGGCGGCGCCGCCGCCGCCGCCAUCGAGUACUACUUCCGCCACGCCGCGGACGGAUCGCCGCCGAGCACCACAGGCGCCGCUGGCGAAGCGUGCGGCGCCGGUGGUGUGGGCAAUGUCGUCGUGUCAUCGGCUGUGGUGAUGGACCCGUACCCGACGCCCGGACCCUACACCGCCUUCCUGCCUGGCGCGCCGUUCUUCCCAGGCCACCCGAGACAGUGACCGGCGGCUCGCUCGAUCGCCAGCCGUCUCGCUGUGUAACGACAUCACGACUCCAUCUCCAGCUCGCUAGAUCUGUCAAUUUCGUUGGGUACCUAAAUUCUUAAUCUCUUAUUGAGAUGCAUAAAUUCAUAUUUGUUCGUAGAGCCUAGCUAGCUUAGGCGCGGGUUAGACUUUAUUUGCUUCUUGGGAUCAUUUGAUGGGGGCGUGAGUAGUCGCUGCAAAUGGCCCAAAUCUGACAGUUAGGGAACUUGAUGAUAACAUUUGACCUGUUUUCCUGAACUGUUCUCCUUGAUGGUUUUGAUUUUUUUUUUGUUGGUGUGAUUUUAGUUAGUAUUAAGGGUAUGUUUGGAAGCAAAAUAUUUCAAAACUAUGAUUUUGUAAUACUACAAUUUUAAUGUGAUGACAUAACCUUAGUAGACAGUAUUUAAAACCAUGAUAUUUAGUAAACAUAUGUUAGUAGAUAGUAUUUAAAACCAUGAUAUUUAGUAAACAUGUGUAAGACUAGCAUAUAUAAAAAAACUUUGGAUUGAUGUGGAGUUUUAAAUACUCCAAAAAUAUCAUGGUAUUUAAAACAGAGUUUUUUAUAAUGUAGCCAAACACCUUUAGCAAAAAACACUAUAGUAUUCUCAAACACUUUUGGCAAAAAACACUAUGGUAUUCUCUAACACCAUGGUUUCACCUCAACUCCAAAAAUACUUUGUUUCUGAUCACCCCUUAAUAUGUUAAUGAUUCUAUGUAGCUUCUAUGCAUGUGUCUACCAUAAGGAGGGAUCCCUUUGCUUUACUACUUGCACCUUUGCUCUUCAAAAGCUGAGCCCUAGAAACCUAGUUGGCCUUUAAUUGGUAGCUCGUGAAUCCUUGAUAUCGUGUCGUGUUAAGUAUGGCCUGUGGUUAGACGCAUGAGAGAGACAAGAGUCAUCAUAUGCUCAUGGGAGAGAGAGAGAGAGAAUGAUCCGAUGAUUAUGGGAAGCUGUGACCGAUCGAGCCAUGCGCCGAUCCCUUGUUUGAUUCCGGGAUUUUUUUUUUAUGUUUCCGAGUGUAGCAACUCUGAGGAGAUCUGGAGACGAGGGCUCGCACAUUCUCGUGUUCUUCGUCUCACACAUGCAUGAUCUUGUUUCCUCGUUGAUCCCAACACGUCAGGUCCAGAAUAUUUAUUUUCAUGGCUUUUCCACAGCAUCCUCGAUUCCUGCUAUUGCUCCACAGCGGAUUAGCCUGUUUGGGCAUAACUUUUCUAACUUCUGUAAUGCAUUAUAGUAUUGGCCUUCUCACAAAGAAAUUAAUAUUAUUUUUCUUCUAACCCCAUGCAAAUGGUUGCUAGACUAACGGAACCUACCUUUGCAUUUUGCUAAGGUUUCAAUUGCAUGCAUGUGAAAGGAAAUAGUGACAAGAUGAUGCUUCAGUAAUGUUGCUGUCCGACCUCAUGUACAGAAGAGGAUAUAUGUAUAUACACACUGACACACAAGCACAUAUGGACUCAAUAUAAGCAAAAUCAUUGGCAAUUUGAUGGCUUCUAA